AUGGAUUCUGUCUCAGCCGAUAAUCGGAGAGAAAAUCCAGAAGAAAGCCUGAAUAAAAUUGACCAGGCUCCCACAGGUCUCCAUGAUGGAUACCGGCGUAUCCCAGACAAGUUCCCACCUGUCGCACUACUGAUCCUUGUUGUCGAGCUUGGCGAACGGUUUACUUACUUUGGUCUCAGUGGCCCAAUGCAGAAUUACAUCAAUAAUCCCUAUGAUCCAGGGUCAGACCUCCCUGGUGCACUUGGCAAAGGACAAGCAGUCGCAUCCGCGCUUGGAAACUUCUUUAAAUUCUGGGCUUACGCCUCCACCAUCAUUGGCGCGAUCAUUGCAGAUCAAUAUAUAGGCAAAUUUAAAACCAUCAUAAUCUCUCUAGGAAUUUACAUCGUGGGCUUGAUCAUCCUGGUUGCCACUUCGACACCAGCUGGGAUUCAGAGCCAUGCUGGUUUUGGUGGUUUGGUUGCUGCAAUGGUCAUAAUUGGCCUGGGAACAGGCGGAAUCAAGGCCAACGUGACUCCCAUGUGUGCUGAGCAAUACCAAAAUUCAAAGCCGAUCCUUAAAACGCUCAAAUCAGGCGAGCGUGUGAUUGUUGAUCCUGAAUUGACCGUCCAGCGACUUUUCAUGUGGUUCUACUGGGUCGUCAAUGUCGGGGCUCUCUCGCCCUUGAUUACAGUCAAUGUUGAGGCCAGGAACUCCUUCUGGCUCGCCUAUUUGAUUCCAUUGAUCGCAAUAUUUCUCUCGGCUAUUGUCUUCUUGUCCGGCCAGAAGCGAUAUGUCAGAGUUCCUCCACAGGGGUCCGCUAUUAUCGAUGCAUGCAAGGUCUUGAAUAUUGUCCGACAGGAAAAUCAUUUCGAAGACGCAAAGCCAUCAGCUCUAGAGGCUGCAGGCCGUUUGAGCAAGUAUCCAUUUGCAUCUUCACCGCGCUACACGGAUCAGUACGUCACAGAUGUUAGGCGAGGUUUUAGAAGCUGCAGAAUGUUUAUAUUUUUUCCAUUCUAUUUCGUUUGUUGGGUCCAGAUUUGGAACAAUCUUAUCUCACAAGCUGGUCAAAUGGCGUUGCAUGGAACGCCGAAUGACCUUUUGCAAAACCUGGACCCGAUCGCCUUGUGUAUUUUUAUUCCACUCCUUGACUUGGGCCUUUAUCCAUUCCUUCGUAAGUUGAAGAUCAACUUCAGUCCAGUCUGUCGGAUCUUCACCGGUUUCCUACUUGUCUCGGUCUCCAUGGUCUAUGCCAGCGUAUUACAGCAUUACAUUUAUAUCUCUCCGGCGAACAGUAUACACGUGUGGACUCAAGCCCCUGCGUAUAUCUUUGUCGCUAUCUCCGAAGCAUUUGUCAUUGUGACUGGCUUGGAACUUGCCUUCACACACGCCCCGAAAAACCUGAGGUCAUUUAUCUCUGCACUCUUUUGGCUCAUGAUCGCCAUUGCGGCAGCAAUCUGCAUUGGUCUAACCCCAGUGUCGCAAGAUCCGUAUCUUGUCUGGAUGUAUGGAUCUCUAGCAAUUGUGGGCUUUGUCGCGGGGUGUGGUUUUUACCUUUGCUUCAGAAAGAGUGACUCGCUUGAUCCGGAUACUUCAGGACUCAUCGAAGGGGUUCCAAUUGAAGGAAACAGGGAACAUGUUACACAGUUCGCUGAUUGUGGCAAACACAGCGAACCAUAG